AUGGAUAUUUUAAAUUUGGCAGCAGGCGCAAAGCCUUCCUUGAGGCUAGGUGGAUACACUCUCAACGUGGAGGAGGCAUGGAAUUUCAGAACUACUCAAAUCUUCGAUGAGCUAGACAGGGCAAUAUCGCCAGGCAAUGACGACCUCCGGAAAAUGCUAGAUCUUAUCAAAGGAUUGUGCCCUCUGGACGGCACCAUAUAUGCAGACAAGCAGCUCAGACCAUCUCAGGCUAUUGCAAGAACGGUUGUACCAAACUACCAAAAGGGGGAAUCUCAGUUUAAUAUCGAGAAGCACGACUUCAAUAACGAUGGGAUUCCGUAUUGGGGCCUUUGCGACGUGUUAGGGCGCCUGAUGUCUCUGCUUGCCGACGUGCCUAAACACGCGACUAGGGAUAACUUUUAUGUUCAUAUGACAGCAUUAUACGGGAGAUGGUGCUAUAAUCUGAUACAGAACUCGAAAAAGGUGCUGCCGUUUAUGUUCUGCAGCGUCUGGGUUACCGACGGCGUUGGCGGUGCAGUUAAGCUCUUUCUCGGUGCCUCCAUGGGCAGGUCAACGAAUAGCGCAAAAGCCAAGUCUCCCUGGACGCUUCAAAUUCAGAGGGUGCGGUUUGAGCUGCUAGACGUGGAGCAUAUGGAGCUCUCAGGCUACGACCUAUAUAUGUCUCCCGCAGGGGAGUUGGCCGAGGAAGAUGAAUCUAUCAAGUUGGGUAAUUGUGCGGAAACAUAUCCUUUCGCUUAUUUGGAUAGCGAUAAGACUGACCCGUGGGAAAAUGCGCAUGGCCUUGCCCUCAACAAGCGGGCUAUCACCCUGCAUGACAACUACAACGUGAAUGAUAUUAUAUCACACAUCAGAGGUCCAUGUCCGAACUGUCAGUGGUACAUCGAGAGCCGUGGGGGUAGGAGUGGAAAUUUUGAAAGAAAGAACGAGGUCAAGGGAGAAGGGAAGAAAGAGGGACAGCAUUAUGAAGCAGGUGCAUAA